GUGUGUGUCUGUCGGGGGGUGCGGGUGCGGGCGCGCGCGCGGGUCGGGGGAUGCUGCGGUCGGGCUCGUCGGUGACCGUGCUGUCGGGGGGCUCCGGACGGACGACCAACGUCUGUAGACUCCGCCUGACCUUACCUCCGGACCGUCCGGCCCCGGAGCAGAAAGGACAGAAGGAUGAGAGGAAGGAGCCACGUCCGGACCCCUCCAACGGGGAGCCUGCCAAGAAGCCCCCCCAUGGGGUGGUCUACGGGGUGGUCCGCAGGUCAGACAGCAACCAGCAGAAGGAGAUGGUGGUGUAUGGGUGGUCGUCCAAUCAGCUGAGGGAAGAGAUGAACUACAUCCAAGACGUGAGAGCCUCGCUGGAGAAGGUCCGGAAGCGGAUGUGCGGAGACUACGAUGAGAUGAGACACAAGAUCGAGCAGCUGACCAGGGAGCUGGAGGUAUCCAGCGUCCGCCAGGACUAUCUCCAGAGCCACAUCCAAACCCAGGCCGCGGCCUUGGACAGCUUCGACCGCCUGAAUUCUUCCUUGGCUGCCGACUCCGUCGGCCUACAGAAGUCUCUGGUGGACGUGACGCUGGAGAACAGCGGCAUCAAGGAGCAGGUGCGGAAUCUGCAGCGGGCACACGAGGCCUCCGUGGAGAAGCUGCAGGAGAAGCAGUGCCAGCUCGAGCUGGCCCAAGUCGAAAACCAGCUGCUGAAGCUGAAGGUGGAGUCGUCCCAGGAGGCCAGCGCGGAUGUGAUGCGGGAGGUCACCCGGAGGCUGUACAGCCAGUACGAAGACAAGCUGAAGAAGGAGCAGGAGAAGCACGAGGCGGAGAAGGAGGCCUUGAUGGAGGAGACCAACCGCUUCCUGAAGGCCAUGGAAGAGGCCAGCGUAAAGAUGCAGGCGGCGGAGGCCAGCCUGGAGGAACGAGACCGCAGGGUCGGGGAGCUGGACCGGCUCGUGGAGCGCAUGGAGAAGGAGCGUCAGCAGCUGCAGCAGCAGCUCUUGCAGCACGAGAGAGAAAUGUCGCGGGAGACGACUCAUCCCCAUCCCGACCGGGAAAGGUACCGGCAGCUGGAAGAGUCGGCCGCCGGCCUCCGGGAGCGAAUCCGACACCUGGACGACAUGGUGCACUGCCAGCAGAAGAAAGUCAAGCAGAUGGUGGAGGAGGUGGAGUCGUUGAAGAGGAAGGUGCAGCAGAAACAGCUGUUCAUCUUGCAGCUGCUGGAGAAGAUAUCUUUCUUAGAAGGCGAGAAUAAGGAACUGCAGGACCGCCUGGACUAUCUCAACGAGACCCGAUCACAGGCUGAGGUGGAAACCAGAGAGAUCGGGGUGGGCUGUGACCUCGCUCCCAGGAAGUUUGUCAGCAAGCUGCCGGACCAAGGGAAGCGGAUCGUCGGCUCGGUGGCGCGGCUGAAGGCCGCCCUGGCGGAGCGGCGGGAGGAGGGGGCUUCCCCCGAAGGUCCGGCCGCGGCUCCGCAGGCGCGCGGGUCCCGGAGCCCGGACGGGGGAGCGGCUCUCGGACGGCUGCCGGGACGGACGCAGACGAGCCGGGACCCACCCGGGCGCUCUGAGGACACGUCGGGACAAGCCCGGGUACCCCAGGACCCUCACGCGCAAAUGUGCCGGGAUCCCGGCGGCACCGUGGCCCCCGGGCCGGGCCGGGGCGAGGACCCGCCGAGGCAACCGCGGACGCAUCAGGGGCCGCACGGCAUCUCGGUGCCCGUUCGUGGCCGCCGGGAGGACACGGGGCGCCCGGAAACGUUCCGGGAGCGGCGUGGCACCGGGGCGCCCGUGUCCGACCUCCGCGAGGACACGUCGGGACACACAGAGACCCGCCGGGAACCGCGGGGCACCCGCUCUCGGGACACGUCGGGGCACGCGGAAACACGUCGGGGGCCGCGCGGCCCCGUGGCCCCCGUUCCCGCCCGCCGCGACUCCGGGGGCAGCGGGACCUCGGGCCGGGGUCCGGCCGCCGGCCCCCCUGGGGGAAGCGGCCCCGGGGACGUCCGGCAGAGCUCCGAAGAGGCGCUGAUCGCCGGCCUCCAGAGGGUCACUCUGGCGGAGGGCGUGGGGCGGGCCCCGUCGGGAGCCGCCGGCGUCCCGUCCGGGAGUACCGGCCGCCGGCCUCAGAUAAAGCCGCACUUCCUGGAGGUCCUGGAGGCCCACGCUCACAACCCCGGGCCCCCCAGGCCCGGGUUUAAAACCAACGUGCUGCCGGCCCCGGCCGGAGAGCCCCCCGCCGGGCCGCGUCCCCCACGUCCAGGGGCGGAGGAGAGGCGGCUCAGGGAGAGGAAGCACCUGGAUGACAUCACCGCGGCCCGGCUGCCCCCGCUGCACCACCAGCCCGCCCAGUUACUGUCUCUGGAGGAGUCGUUCGCCAUCCAGCAGCGGCAGCAGCGGAGAUACGAGGAUCUACAAGCCAAACUGGCAGCACAGAAACUCGCCGAAAGGCUGAACUUUAGGAUGCUGGAGAGCUACCGUCCCGGGCCCGAGGCCUCGCUCGGUUACCGAGAGGCGAGAGACGAAGACGACGGUGACUCCUCAGAGGACUGAUUUGGGAGGGGACCGAGGGCCCGGCCUCCCACCUGUCCCUCCUGGAGCCCCGGAGAGCCGCUGGGCGACUCCUGAAGCCCGGCCCCUGACGGGGAAUCCGACAGCCGUGCCAACCAGGGGGUGUGAUCACCCCGGUCUUCCCACUCGGGCGGCCGGCAGGAACUUCAGACUUCGGUGGGGGGCCGGGGGCGGUUCACCGUGACCCCCCGCCCUCAAGUAUCACCGGAAGACCCAGCCAAAGGCCUGUUCCCGUUAGAGUCGACUCAAUGUUUUAUACUUAGCCAGGUGCUGCAUUUCCCCCUGUUUCAUUAGAAGAUUCUGCGUUGGGUUUUAUGCCGUUUCAGUUUAGGUUCUUCUCCUUCCCUUCCCACCACCUGGGUCCUCGCUCGCAGGGCAAACUUCAUUCUUUUCCCCCUCAGCAACACAGAUGAUAAUGAUAGUA